CCCACCCGCAAAACCUAUUACUCUUACACACUUCGAACCCCAACUCUGCUCUUACUGCUCUUUCUCUCAAUCUUCAACAAUAACCGUUCGAAUCUGUGGUUUAACGGUGCGUAUCUCAAAGUGGAAAUUCGGGUUGCAACGGCGUCGUGUUGCGGUGUCGGUUUAAGCUGAAUCGAGCAGUCUUUGGUGUGGAGUUUUUAGGGUUUUGGGUUUGCUUCUUUGGAAUUUGAGGGGGUUUGGUGGUUUGAGUGGUAAACUGGCUAUGGACUACGAGCCGUACGAUAGCAGUGGAACUGAUGACGAUCUUCCUCCAUCACAUCAAAAUAGAAUUCCUAGAGGCCGUGUUGCCGGAAAUGGAAGAUCUGCUGUGGGUUCUGUCCCAUAUCCAAGGAUGUAUGGUGAAACUGAUAUGGAGACCCAAAUUCACCAACUUGAGCAAGAAGCAUACAGCUCAGUUCUAAGAGCCUUCAAAGCGCAAGCUGAUGCCAUUACUUGGGAGAAGGAAAGUUUAAUAACAGAACUUAGAAAAGAGUUGAGACUAUCAAAUGAGGAGCACCGAGAACUUCUAGGACGGGUUAAUGCAGAUGAUGUGAUACGACGCAUAAGGGAGUGGAGACAGGCAGGUGGGCAUCAAUCUGGCAUGCUCAGUACCAGUCAAGCUGUUCAUGAUCCCGUACCCAGUCCCACUGUCUCUGCAUCUCGCAAGAAACAGAAAAUAGCCCAGUCAGUACCUUCACAAUCAUAUGGUGGGCCAUCUCCACCAUUUCAUCAACAAGCCAUAGCUGCAUCUCACCAACCAUCUUCAUCAACUGCAAAGCGAGGAUCCAUGCCAGGAACCAAGGGCAAGAAGCAGAAACCAGGUCAGGGGUUGCCUGGUCCAUCUUCAAUGAAGCAGUACCCUUUGUCAGGUCCAAGUGGGAGAGGUCAAGUUGCUAAUAGGGUUCCUUCUGGUGCUGUUGCAAGUCAGCCUCCGGAAGGAGCAACAUUGGAUCCAUUGAUUGGGAGGAGAGUGAGGACCAAGUGGCCUGAUGACAAUAAUUUCUAUGAAGCUGUCAUAACUGACUACAAUCCAGCUGAGGGGAGACAUGCUCUGGUCUAUGAUAUUGGCUCUGCUAAUGAGACAUGGGAGUGGGUCAAUCUCUCAGAGAUCUCUCCUGAGGAUAUUCAAUGGGUAGGGGAGGAUCCUGGAAUCUCCCAUCGAGGGGGUUAUGGUGGAUCAGGUCAUGGGAUGAAUAGAUCUGUAGCCCGAGAUAGUGUUCCAGGUGUAGGAAGAGGUAGAGGGGCUACAAAAGGUCAUUCCAGAAAGGAUUUUCUGCCAUCACAAAAUGGUAUUGGAAAGAAGGCACCUGAUGAUAUAAAAAUUCUCCAGACAGAUACCCUAAUCAAGGAGGUGGAGAGAGUUUUUGGUGCAAAUCAUCCAGAUCCUCUUGAAAUUGAGAAAGCCAAGAAAGUGUUGAAGGAGCAAGAACAAGCACUUAUUGAUGCAAUUUCAAGGCUCAACGAGAUUUCUGAUGGCGAAAGCGAUGAGGGUGGCCGGCAGUUCUCGCUUGGGCAGUCGAUGGACCGAGAAUGAUUAGGGACUUGUUAUAACGGCUGUGAUACAAGGCUUGGUGGGAGUAAUAAGAUGAACAGACUGUUAAGCUAUUAAAAUCAAGCAUCUGAUUUUAAGGCUACUUUCUCGCGCAAAUGCCAUUCAAAAUAUAUCUUUCCCCACGGGACGGGAUAACUCUUGGGCUUGGGACUAGUAGGAUAGCGUUUAACGUAGGAUGGGAAUUAUUGUAGCUGGGAAAUAAUUUAUUUCUUCUCUGUAAGAGUUCACUUAGGAAAGGCUGAUGGUAGUGUACAUUAUUUGAUCAGUGAUUAACGUGUGAUCGUGUAUAAAAUUGUCUUAGUCUUGCAUAA